AUGUCGUGGCUGCCCCUCGCAGCCCUCUUCCUCACCCACUUCGAUGACCUCACAGGUCAAGAAGUUGUGUAUUACCGAUCUCUCUCAGACGACACUACCCUUCCGCCCGCACUCAUCGAGCACACCACCCUCCCCUCUGGGCUGCACACACGUGGUUCUGAUCUCGUAGUCUUCACACACCACGGUCUCCCGGGAGCGGGCGUCUUCCGCUCGCGCACACGCGAAGGUGUAGACGCGGGACGCGGGAGGCGUAUGGCGACGCUGGGCGCCGUGCUUGCUCCACCCACGCCGUCCGACAGCGCUUUCGACCUCGCCGCUCCCCUCGAGCACCUCUAUGACAGCUUGGAAGAGCUCGGCGACCCGUUCAGGAAGAAUUCCCCGACCUACGAUGCCGCUAUUGCGCUCCUUGAUGCGACGUGGGAGGCUCAUAAGGCCGAGGGCCUCACUGGUUCCGUGGCGCAGAGCGCUGCGACGGUCGCGAUACGGUUGGCGCGCGGAGUCAGCACGGCGAACCCAGUGACCUACCUUCCUGCACUGCUGUCCAUGCUUGGCCCUUCGAUUGUCACCGUGUACAUGGCGUCUCUGUCGGGGCAACGGAUUCUGCUCUACUCGCCGCCGCCAAUUCAGCCCCUCAGCGCGUUCGGCUGGUGUGUGUGGGCAAUGGGCCUUCCACCAUCCUCCGCUGCCAACGCAGGGGCACACUCGUCUGCCUUCCUCGGCAACAUCGGGCUCAUGGAGCUCGACGCUGUCAAGGCGCGGGCAGGGGGAUGGGUUGCGACGACGACUGACACCGUCUUCAAGUCGCACACGGACGGGUACGACAUGUUAAUCGACCUGAGCAACUCCCUCCCCCUUCUUGGUGACGAGGAGGAUAUCCGCUGUCCUCGCGACCAAGCAUUGUCAGCGCCUGUGAUCCUCACGUGCCAACCCCGCAGUGGCCAGAAGCCUACAGCCACAAGUACGACAUAUGCUUUCGCCGACUUGGCACUCUACCGCUCGCUUGUCCUUCUGGACCAGUCGCCAAGGGGCGUGCGCGCCGAGACAGUAGGCUUCAGUGCCACGAAUCGAGCGGGAGGCAUUUGGCUCAUCGUCUUCGAGAUGCUGGAACGCGUGUGGAACCUCUGUGUGGGCGUGUGCGAGUUCGCCAUGGGCCGGGGACACGUUGUUGGCCCGAUCGCCCUUCCUGAAGGAGAGGAGGACGCACGACGUCUCCUUGCGACGGACAUGUCCGAGCUUAGUGGUGAUGAGGAUGACGAGGAGGCCUUCGAUGAGCAGCCAAUCGUGGCCCCCACCACUAUUCCCGACGACACCGCCCGCCGUGGUCGCCUGAUCCUGGACCAACUGCAUCAUAAUGCGUACCACCUGUACGCGCGGCUUAUCGGCGUGGCCGCUGGAGGGUGGGAGCUGACGGACGACAACCUACGCACGUUAACGGGCGCCUCACGCCUGAAUCCGUGGGGAGGGAGAGGAUCAGUCGAGGCGCAGUUUUGGCUGCGCCUCGCUCGGAAAUGGAAUGUGGAGCCUGAGGUUGGGGAGUAG